AUGGGGGAAGUCAUUAAUAUCGGCUGUUCACAAGCCGCUAACCAUGUGUUGACCCACUUGUACAACUUCCAGGAAGCACACAUCCCUUAUAAGCGAGACCAAGUGCUUAGGUACGACAACAAGGUGUUUCUUUCACUGCUCAAGCUAAAUGGGAAAACCAACUAUUCUCCGAGGGCUUUGAUAUAUGAUGCUCGAAAUGGGUUUGGGUCUCUCGGCAAAUAUGAUUACUACGAUUUGGAGGAUCACACAUACUCUCCCAGUGGCCAGGGAAUUGAAAUCAUCUCCACAAAUCCCAAGGUGCCCAAAAAUGAGUAUCAGGUGGGUCUUGAUAAAGGAUUGAACAGAUCUAACACACUAACUGUUUCUAACACCAGCUAUUGGUCAGACUACGUGAAGUUGAUAUUCCGGCCCAUGCUGUUGAAGUCGCUCGAAUCGUACGAACUCAACGAUAGUAAUAAAGUUGUUCACCGACUAUCGCCUUCAAUGCAGUUCACUGCCUUUAACUUGGGCCAAACCGAAUUUACUGGCAAGGAAGAUGAUGCCAUUGACACUUUCCGAAAAAUGUUGGAAGAGUCGGACUUUUUUGAAGGCAUGCAGCUUUUCACAGAGUCUGAUAGCGCCUGGAGUGGGUUCACUACCGAGUUACUUGUCAGUGUCAAAGAUGAGUUUUUCAACUAUACUUCCAAUAAUAAGUUCAACAUUUGGAUAUGGGACUUGAUGAAAAAUACCAGGUUGACGCCAUUUGAGAACCUCACAAGGAUCAGAAGUUUAGUGGAAUUUUCCACCAAUUCGAGUUUGGUGAUUCCUUUGAACCUGCCAGUAGAGGGAACGAAUUGGCAAACAGGAGGACUUCAAUCGGUUGUCGUCAACUCAUUAUGGGAAUUAAUCAACUCCAGCCCUAGAAUAUCCACCAUGAAGGAAAUCGAAUCCAAUCUCCUUGGAAAUGAUUCCAACAGAAACAUAGUUAAUCAUGUGAGCAUUGAUGAACUCAAGGAACCAGCAUUGGACAAAUUAAGUCUCUAUGAUGUUGGCUCACCCGAAAAACUGCUUGAGUUUGGGUUCAACAAUAAGUCUGUUCACCGAUUCAGCACUCAUUAUACUGUUAAUACCUGGGACAAAGACAUGUUCUUGACCCUGAAACCAAAACCAGAUGCCCAUGUAUACUAUACAAACAAUGAUAUUUUAGAUAUCACCAAAGUCGACACAUUUCCACCUGUUUUAGAAUUCUCCAAGGCAUAUACCGAGUUUGGCAUCGACUCAUCUAUCCGGUAUGAUUUGAAAAAGUUAAUCGACUACAUACGAAGAACCCUGACAUCGAUGGGGUUGAUUCUUGGGGAAAAAGAUGAAGUACUUCAACAGCUUCAUGAUAUGAGAAGAUCGUAUUCUGACAGUCCUGAUUUUGAGGACGAUAGUGACGAAGAUUAUGACAACUAUUAG